CGCCUUUCAGAUCUUUAAAAGCUGCUGCUCUGUGCGUUUCUCAGGAUCGUGUCCUCUGGCACUCUGGCUGAACGGAGCACCGAGCAAGGAGAAAAGACAAGCAGAUCUCCUCCAGAAAUAGCGUCGGACAAGGAGCACACAUACAAACGGUUGAGUCCCACAGCUCAAAGAUGCCUUUGCUCUUGAACUUGACAGCUGUUGUCCUGUUGCUCAUCGCUCACUGUGGAUCCUGGACUCUGGCCAGCCGCUUGGGUACCCAUAAGAUCUGCCCGUCCUGCAAAGACUCCCGAGCUUCUCGGGACCCCGAGAAGCUGGCUUUAGGGGAGCCGUGCGGGGUUUACACACUGAGCUGUGCCAAGGGCCUGCGCUGCAUGCCUCCUCCACGCGACCUCAGCCCGCUCCAGGCUCUGCUGCAGGGCCGAGGCAUAUGCACCAAGCAGAUCAGGACGAGUCCCACCGAAAAACCCCACCCUCCAGGUCCACAUCCUUCACACAGCGAUGAAAUCGAAAAGGCUCCAUGCCGGAAGCUGCUGAACGCCGUGCUGCGUGGCCUCGAGCUCACCGUUUUCCAGUCUGAUCGUGACAUCUACAUCCCCAACUGCGACACUCGAGGCUUUUACAGGAAAAAGCAGUGUCGGUCCUCUAAAGGCAUGCAGCGCGGCCACUGCUGGUGCGUGGACGAAUUAGGCAUCACUCUGCCGUCCCCCACUGACGAUGACGGCACUUUACCCUGUGACGGAGAGUGAGACGGGGCAAGUGCCACCACAGUUCUGAGCCAGGAGGAAGAAGAGGAGGAGGAGGAAAAGAUGGGGAGGGGCAUAAGGGAGACGGGAAGACGGGAAGACGAGCCGCUCGUGUUAGACACUGCCUGGCCAGGAGACACCAGGGGGAAAACCACUGAACACGGGAAAAACACACGCUCCUCGCUCAAACACUCCAUCCACCGCACCACCUGAAGGUUAUACGCCUCUCUGCCAUGCGCCUCUGCAGACCUGCAGCGUGUAAAGCACAGAGCCAACGAGACACUCCAUCGCUCGCUCCACCUGUGCUCGAAAACUUCAAGACUGGCCACUUAGUAGCGUCCAUUUUUCUGUGAUAAGCCAUCACUGCCUGUGUCUUGUGUAUCUCUGAUCGAGUAGGCUGUAAAAAAAAAACCCCACAAAAACAAACAAAUACUGUUUAAGCCGGCGUGGGUGACAUCUUUCUCUCCCGCCUCCCCAUCCAUCCCCUCUCCCUCUUCUCCAAAGAUACACUGACUAAAUUAAUAUGUAUGAAAAGAAAAUUAUGCCUUUACAUUUAAUUUAUUUCGGAGUAUUAUUGUAUUUCCUUGGAGACGGUGUAUUUCAUGUAACCGAGACAUCGACACUACCGUAUGUGCACAUGAUUUGGGAAAACAUUCACUCCUUCUGUUGUGGCGUUAAUACACACGUCGUUUGUACAUAAGUUCUUUUUAUUUUUCCUUCGUGGUUGCCAUGGGGUGAUAGGUUCUUGAAAGCUGAAUGGCUAUUACUUUAUCUGAAAAGGCAUAUUUUUAUAUACUUCAAUAUAAUAUUUUAUAUAUAGAUCGAUGCUUUAUUUAAGGAACUACAAUACCAUGUAUUUUUAUAUUGUCAACAUUGUUUUUAUUUUUUUUUCAUUGUCAACUUUAAUUUCAUGCUGAAAGUAGGCUAUGAUGGCACAUUUUAGGAAUAAAAAAAAAAAGAGUAAAUAAAUAACACACCCUUCAUUGUACUACUAGACAUGUUUUAGGAAUAUUUAUGUAUUAUGAUCGUUCAGAAUUUCAAAAAAGAAAAAAAAAAAGAAAGGCGAA